ACUCGGCCACUAAGUGAAAAUAGUUUGUUGGCCAAAAUGUGCUUUGCUUUUGCUCUGCUUUUACUCUGCUUUUACUGUGCUUUUGCUUUCGCAAUCUGCUGGCUGCUGUCUGCUGUCUACUUUGCUGUUGUCUGCUGCCGGCCAUUGAUUAUUGCGAAUUAUGCAUGAAGUAGAGUGGAAGUGCGGACCGACUGCCACGCCCCUUCUGCCCACGGCCACGCCCACCUCCAGUGCGGUGUUUUGUCAUAAGUAUGAAAGGGUUUCCAUAGUUAGCAGCUGUCAUUAGUGCGAUGGCUGACAGCCAUUAGCACUUACUUUCACAACUUUAAUUCCAGAAAGCGUUUUAGUGGAUCACUUCGUGGCCAUUGUGGGUGCACCACUAGUUUUAGCUAUGAAAUGGGAAAAUUGUUUUAUUUAUCAGUUUUAGAUUUGUUGAUCGUUCCGAGUUCCGCCAAACCAGAUAACUAUAACUUUCCUUAACGCGAAAUCAAUCAAUUGCAAAAGUUGCCAUUGAGCAAGCAAAAAUACGAAACUAUUUCUAAGAAAUGCAAGAUGGGAGGAAAUUAUUUAAGCCCAGAUACUUGAAAGCGUAGAAAGUUUUUCAGAACUCUGUUUUGGGUCGGUGCGUGAGCGGAAUGUGCAGCCAGUCAGUCGAUUUGGGGAAGAGUGCCGAAGUACCAAAACUUCAACUCGGUUGGUGGCACAUUGCACGUGCCACACUGGAACUGGAAGCCCAAAAGCCCGAAAUGGGCGCCCAAGAGCAGCCAUUCAGCAAUUCAAUUACAUGGUCCGCUCUAGACAAAAGCCAAAAACUGGCACUCGCUCAGUUUUCCCGACUUUUCCGGCUUUCCAUUCGCCUGUCGCUGCCAGCGACUGCCAGCGACUGCUCGCUGGGAAAUGCUGGGAAAACUGCACUGCUCGGCUGGCACUUAGCGCACCAUUGCACUUUUCUUUCAAAUUUCCCAUGCUGCGAAUUAUUUAUAAAAUACUCAUCUGGCGGCAUCCGUCAUGUGCAUGUACUUGCAGCACUUGUGCAUUGUGCCCCUUGCACAGCCAGCAGAAAAGGAAUCGUUAAUCCUCGUGUGAGGGAUGUGUGAAUGGAUGUGGGGCAAAGGUUAUGCCAGAUAGUUUGGAAAACAAUAUAUCUAUAUAACAAUAUAUAAUAUCUAUACAUAGUAUAUAUGGUUUUGGUUUAGAAAUGGUGAGAUGUCAAAUGCCACAUUUAUAGAUACCCCGUGAUUAUACCAGUGGUUUGAUUAGGCAAUGAUGGCCAUACUUACUUGAAGUGGUAGGUGCCGUUCUCAUACCCGAAGAACGGCACCGUGUAGGUGAGCAUCCAAAUGUUGCCGCCUCCGCAGUCGUAAUAUGGUUUCGACCAUCUGCCGUCCUCGUAUUUCACGGCCAGCGUGUCGUCCUCGAUGCGCUCCUCCGUGCGGUUCGAGUAGAGAUGAAAGGCUGCAAGGAUACGUAAGGAUUUCAAUAGCGUUAUCCAUUAUGCAAGCUGUAAUUAGAGGACCCAGAAAUCGAUAGGCAGCUGGCUAUUCAGUGCACCCCGAGAAAUCAAGGGUAAUUUUAAUAAUCAUUGGAAACUGCUGCUUUCAAGUAAUAGGUAAAAGCUUCAGCUAUUUCGCUGAGUGCUUCACCUUGACUGUUGGCGUUGCCUAAGACAAUCCUGCGACUAAUGACUUUAUAAGUGCAAACACGUUGCCUUGGCUGACUCGGGACUUCUCUGAUGAAUAAAACAAAAAUGACGCGACAUUAAAAGCAAAUCAAAGGGCCAACACUGCCAUAUAAGAACCCCUUCAGGCGAAUCUCCACUCUAGAAGUAACAAAUCCCCCCGGAAAGAUGACCAAGUACUUCUUCAAGCGCCUGCAGACGGCGCCACUUGACCAGGAGGUCAGCUCCCUGGAUGCCAGUGACUACUUCUACCGCAUCACACUCUUCAUGGGCUGGACACCGCCGGAGGAGGGUCUGCUCCGCUGGAUCUACUCGCUGUGGACGCUGACCACGAUGUGGCUGGGCAUCGUGUACCUGCCACUUGGACUGUGCCUCACCUACGUGAAGCACUUCGACAGAUUCACGCCGACGGAGUUCCUCACCUCGCUGCAGGUGGUCAUCAACUGCAUCGGGAACGUGAUCAAGACGUGUGCGACCUACUCCCAGAUGUGGCGUUUCCGCCGCAUGAACGCACUCAUUUCGUCCUUGGACCAGCGAUGUGUUACGCCGUCACAGCGUCGGACUUUCCAUAAGAUGGUGACACGGGCCAAUCUCAUAGUGAUGCUGUUUCUGUCCACGUACCUGGGCUUUUGCUUUCUCAACCUGUUCACUUCGGUGUUCGCCGGCAAGGCUCCUUGGCAGCUGUACAACCCAUUCGUGGACUGGCAGGCUGGCCGCUGGCAGCUGUGGAUUGCCUCCAUCCUGGAGUACUGCGUGGUCUCCAUUGGCACCAUGCAGGAGCUGAUAUCCGACACCUAUGCCAUAGUGUUCAUCUCCUUGUUCCGCUGCCAUCUGGCUAUUCUCGCCGAUCGCAUCGCUAAUCUGCGCCAGGAUGCGGAGCUCAGUGAGAGGCAGAACUACGAGCAGCUGGUGGCCUGCAUUCAGGAUCAUCGCACCAUCAUACAGUGCUCACAAAUCAUUCGACCCAUCCUGUCGAUCACCAUCUUUGCCCAGUUCAUGCUGGUCGGCAUUGACUUGGGCUUGGCGGCCAUCAGCAUCCUCUUCUUUCCGAACACCAUCUGGACGAUAAUCGCGAACGUGUCCUUCAUCGUGGCCAUCUGCACGGAGUCCUUCCCGUUCUGCAUGCUCUGCGAGCACCUGAUCGAGGACUCCGUCCAUGUCAGCAACGCCCUGUUCCACUCCAACUGGAUAACUGCGGAGAGGCGCUACAAGUCGGCGGUUCUGUAUUUCCUGCACCGGGCUCAGCAACCGAUUCAGUUCACAGCCGGCUCCAUAUUCCCCAUUUCGGUGCAGAGCAACAUUGCGGUGGCCAAGUUCGCAUUCACCAUCAUCACCAUUGUCAACCAAAUGAAUCUGGGCGAGAAGUUCUUCGGUGACAGCAGCAAUGGCGACAUAAAUCCUUAGAUCCUUGGAGUGCACUGCAAAGAAAGGCGCUUAACCCAAUAUUUGCACCCCACACUUUCACUUUUGUAGUGUUGGCACAUCCACUCAGCUUUCCGGAAGUGAUUACACACUUGAGUGCCGUGUAGUGAUAAGAAGCGAAGCCGGCUCGAAAUCUGAACGAAUAUACGCCGAAUUCCCAUUACCUUUUGAGUAACUUCACUGUAAUCAUUUCAGUUUAUAUAGUUAUACCCAUAAUUUAAAAGUAAUACAGCAGUUUAAAGGCGCCCCUUUAAAGGUUCAAUUCAA